AUGGAUGAUGACAAAAUAUCAUUAAUAUUUUUUACAGAAGGAGAAGAAUUUGAUAAAAAUCAAAAAUUAAAAAGUAAUUUAUAUCCAUAUUCAAGAGGAGGUUUUUCGUUACUUGAAUUAUGUUGUUAUCAUGGAUCUGUUGAUUGCUUUAAGCUUUUAAGAACCAAAUUUCAAUCAGAAAUCACUCCAGAUUGUCUUAGAUUUUCAUUUUUGAGUGGAAACAAAGACAUUAUGAAUGAAUGCUUGAAAGUACAAAAACCAGAUUAUUAUUGCAUGGAAUAUGCAAUUAUAUCACAUAAUAUUGAUUUUGUCACAUUUUUGAUGAAUGAACACAACAUAGAAAUUGAUUUAGAAAUGUGCUCUCAAUACAAGAAUCUUCAAUCAUUUUUAGUUUACUUGGAUCAAACAAAUGAUAUCAACACAUGCUUUGUUUAUUCUCGUCAUUUCCAUCUUUCAUCACUUUUUGAAUAUUUUAUUUCAAAUGGUGCAGAUAUCAAUGCUAAAGACGAAGUUGGAUGUACCCCUCUUCAUCUAGUAGCCAGUGAAAAUAACAUUGAAAUGGCAGAAAUUCUUAUUUCAAAUGGAGCAGAUAUCAAUGCUAAAGACGGAGUUGAAGCGACCCCUCUUCAUUAUGCAGCCAGUAAUAAUAGCAAAGAAACUGCAGAAAUUCUUAUUUCAAGUGGUGCAGAUAUUAAUGCUAAAGACGAAAGUGGAUGUACCCCUCUUCAUAAUGCAAUCAGAUUCAUUGGAAAAGAUACAGCAGAAAUUCUUAUUUCAAAUGGUGCAGAUAUCAAUGCUAAAGACAUAUAUGGAUGUACCCCUCUUCAUUUAAUAGCCAGUAAUAAUAGCAAAGAAACUGCAGAAAUUCUUAUUUCAAAUGGAGCAGAUAUCAAUGCUGAAAACAAAGAUGGAUCUACCCCUCUUCAAAUUGAGGCCAGUAAUAAUAGUAAAGAAACAGCAGAAAAUCUUAUGCUAUUAUAA